ACGAAAUCAAUAGAAUUGAAUCAUAUCCUAUUAAACUUUAAUAGCAUGUAUGGAAAACAUGAAAUCAUUAAAUAUUUAAAAAGAAUUUCAAGACAAAAAUUAUUUAAUUGCGAUUAAUCCGCGAUUGGUUAAAACCCGUAUCAUUGUUCAGAGCUUUUUGAUGCAGAGGUGGUUACGCAGUUGACGUCAAAUUGUUAACGUAACGGUAAAGUAAAACGGACAGAUACGUGAUCUUAUCAAAUAUGACGAUUGCAACACACGAGUUAAAUAAUCUUCCAGACUGCAUCCUGCUUAACAUAUUCAAACAUUGCAGAUCAACUGAAGUUAUUUGGCGAGCAAGGAUCGUGUGUAAAAGAUGGUAUAAUUUACUCGCCGAUGCCGAGUUAUGGCGGGUGAGCGACUUAUCAAGUUUUAAACUUGAUAAACCAGAUUUUAUAGAAACGAUUACAUCUUACGUACCAAUAAAAGAUUUGCAAUACCUACAAAUCCAACACAAUGUUAUUCCAAACAACGUCCUUAAGAUUAUUUUGAAACAAGCAUUCAACCUGGAAGGAUUAAGUUUAUAUGGAAGCACGGUUAUCUCAGAAAAACAAUCUUUACAUCAAAAUCAUGUGUCUCGACACGUUGGAUUUGUUGACAUCCGAAAUUCGAAAGCAAAUUCCGAUUUCAUGAAAAGUAUUAUAGCUAAUACUAAAAAAAGGAUCAAAAUAUUAGGUGUAUCAAACAGUUUCGGGACUUCAACAGAAAUAUACGGAAAAUCAUUUCUGCACUUUCUACCAAAUUUAACCAUUUUGGAAUGUUCCGACUGUGUGUGGAUGAAUGACAAUGUCAUCAGCGAGAUGUCAACAUAUUGUCGCUUGUUGGAAAGUUUAAAUAUAAACAAAUGUUUAAAUGUUAUCGGUACAAAUCUUCAUUUAUUAAUUGCGCGCUGCACGAAGCUCAAAACAUUAAUACUUCGCCGAACAAGUGUACGCAAUGAAGAGAUCAUAAAACCAAAUUGGGCACAUUCAAACAUUAACGAACUUGAUCUGGCUAAUUGUUAUUAUUUAGAUGACGGGCCAGUACUUCAUGUUGUUCAGGAUUUAGCGAUAAAACUGGAACAUUUAUGUUGUGCUGUGACGGAUGAACUCGUGUUAAGUAUCACGAAUAAGAAAUUAAAACUUAGAUCGUUAGAACUUCGUAGAAGACACCCACUAAAUGAGGAAUAUCUAGUUAAAUUUAUUUCGAAAUGUGAAUUUUUGGAAUCGCUUGAUAUAAGCCUGAUGCCUAUUGAGUUUGAAUUUUUUCAACAGAUGCUUCCGAAACUAUCAAACUUGCGUUGGCUGCACUUUGCUGGACAUGAUAUUUUAAAAACAACAGAAGUGUUAAAGUUAUUGUCAGAACAUUGCUGGCACCUACAACAAGUCGGUUUUCAUUACUAUAACGCUAAACCCAAUCAAACACAAAUACACGACGCCAUUAUGAAUUUCUUGCAAUCAUCUUUAAACCUGCAACGAGUAUGCAUUGGAGGUGUACAUAUGGAGGAAUUAAUAAGACGCGUACAAGCGACAAUUAUUAAAAAGCAACUUUAUGAAUUACUAUCAAUAGAGAUCUGUGAUGCAAGCAAAUUCAUAUUGCCACAAUCACGAAAUUCUGUAAAUAAUUAUGCAGCCUUUUUUAAACAAUAGGUAGCAAAAUAAAUGUCAAUAUGUGCU